AUGACACGAGUGGAUGGAGGAGGCUGUGGUGGUGGACAGGUGAGCAUGGCAAACCCCGUGGGCGUUUGUUUGCGUGAUUUUUCGGAGAAGUGUGCACGCGUGUGCGAAGCCUGUCUAGCUCAGUUGGUAGAGCGCUAG